CACUGUCUGCGCCACACGCCGUAGAUCCAGGAAGUGAGACCAAAACAAAGGAGUGCCGGCCGGGAGCGGACCUGCUUGCGCCGGUGUCUCUGCUGCUUCGCCCGGGUCCACCCUACAGAAGCCGCACGACCACGUCCAAUAUGGAAAAACAUCUGUUCAACCUGAAAUUCGCGGCCAAAGAACUGAGCAGGAGUGCCAAGAAAUGCGACAAGGAGGAAAAGGUCGAAAAGGCCAAAAUUAAAAAGGCCAUUCAGAAAGGCAACAUGGAAGUUGCGAGGAUACACGCCGAAAACGCCAUCCGCCAGAAGAAUCAAGGGGUGAACUUCUUGAGAAUGAGUGCACGAGUGGAUGCGGUGGCUGCCAGAGUCCAGACUGCAGUGACGAUGGGCAAAGUGACCAAGUCCAUGGCGGGUGUGGUUAAGUCGAUGGACGCGACGUUGAAAACUAUGAAUCUGGAAAAGAUCUCCGCCUUGAUGGACAAAUUCGAACACCAGUUCGAGACCCUGGACGUCCAGACGCAGCAAAUGGAAGACACGAUGAGCAGCACAACGACGCUGACCACUCCCCAGAACCAAGUGGACAUGCUGCUCCAGGAAAUGGCAGAUGAGGCGGGCCUCGAUCUCAACAUGGAGCUGCCUCAGGGCCAGACCGGUUCCGUGGGAACGAGCGUGGCUUCGGCUGAGCAAGAUGAACUGUCCCAGAGACUGGCCCGCCUUCGGGAUCAAGUCUGACCGCCGAACUAGUUCGAGAUUCCCUUUUGACGUGCUCUCUGUGUUUUAGAGAGAUGUCCCAGAAUUGUGCCAGAAUGCCGAACAGUCUUCUAAGAACGUACAGCCCUCUCCAGAUAACGCUAAGAAAUUCAAGUUUUUCUCCACUUCUAACUGGAUUUUAAAGCUCUUUAUAGCUUAUGAUGAUGUGUAUUUUUAUAGCUGCCUUUUAACAGAACUGGUUCAUUUGCUCUACGUAAAUCUAGAAAAAAAAAUUGGCAGAACUCUAGCCCUCAUGUUUUCCAUUUUCACUUAGAAUUGUCAGAUUGAAGUUAUUUUUAGUGUGGUUGAUGGUACAUGGACUGAUAAGUGGUGCAUAAAAAUGAAAGGAGGAGGAAUGGGUACUUAGUUUAGUAACAAAUUUGUAAACACUUUGUUCAACUUAUUCGAUAGGAAAUACUCUUUCUGUAUAUCAUUUGGUUUUCUUUGUUUUUGCUGAACGACUGCAAUUGACUAUUUAUUCUCAUAACAUACUAAAAUUAUCUUAAAAUUGCAAAAUACUCUUUACAUACUGUUAGUUCGUGUAAUAAUGGAGUUUGUGUAACUAGGAAAAAAAUGCCAAGUACUUCAUUUACUAUCAGGAAAAGAUUCAAUUUUUUUGUUUAUGUUCUAUUUACCAAGAGUUCUUAAGACUUAGGCUUAAGAUAAUUCCUAAGUAAAAUAAUCUCUAGUUGUUUUCUAAUGAAAGUCAACCCUUAAUAGACUUCUGAUCAAAAUAAUGUUCAUCAACACGACAGUCCUAUUAUGUGCCAAACACUGCCAAAGAACUGCUGAUUUGGUCCAGCUAAGUUCUGGGGCUGUGUAAUUAUAGGUUUUGUUUUUAUUUAAUAACCAAAAACGAAAAUAAAACUAGAACAGCAUUUUUAAGUUCUAUUUGUAUGUAUUAUUUUGUCUUAAAGCAACAACUCAUUUAAAACCUCAAAAAGCAUAACUUAAUGCUAUAGCUAUACAAAACUUAAAUGUGCACUUAGCCAGCUAGAAGUCUAGAAUGAAGCAAUGAGUUGGGAUUAGAAGGAGAGAAAGGCUGAAAGCCACCAGGUGCAGCUGACUUCCUCUAUAGCCCCUGGUGUAAUGCAGAGCAACUCCCACUGUCCUCUGUCCUGAAAACAGAACAGCUUGUGUUUGCUCGGCACGUCUACUAACCUAAGUUAAAUACUGACAACGUUCAAUUUAUUUCAUUUCCCCUUUUCCUGAGUUUUGUUUUGUUUUGUUUUCCCCACUAAGAGAACUCCAAUGUUUCAGACAAGAUAGAGAGCCUCUUUGAAAAAUUCAUUAUUGUAUGAAUUAUAUGGUUUCCCAGGUGAAUGAGUGUUUAAUGAAAAAAGUGUUAACAUACACAGAUGAGUACUGGUUCUCAGAGGUAAGGAUUGUGUGUGUUUGUGUGUGUGAGCACAUGUGCACACAUAUAUACACACAUUUUUUUUCAUAAGUCUGCCCUACGGGACACUUCUAACUGCCCAGUAUCCUCUUUCAAAGGUCCUUUAGCAGACAUGUGACUUAUAUACACAGUUAUGCUGACUCGGGUGUGUAAUGAAUACAGCAUGUGUCUUAAUCCUUUAUCCUGGAAAACCUUGGUUAAGUACAGCUUUAAAAAAUAGCUCAGUAUUGACUCCUUGGUAAAUUUUAUACUGCAAGCAUUUCCAUCAAAUUAUAUUUUAUGACAUUAAAGAAUGCUUUAUAUGCUUAAACUUUCUUAAAAUGUGUUCAUUUCAUACUAUAUGAAUGUACAUUUAUAUGAGUCAUAAACAUUAUUUUCAAAAGUA